ACUUUUGCACACUUUUUUCAAAAAUUUUCUGACGCCCAUGAUCAACGAGCAAGCCGCAAUUUGUGUGUGACGAAAAAUGUAUAAAAACUUGGAUUUGGGUGCGUUAAGCGUAGACGAUAUAAUUGAAGAAUAUAAAUUACUACACGGACGACAUGAGCAGCUGAAGGAACGGUGUGAUGCCGAUGCACAGCGCAUUCAUGAACUCAAACGCAGUCUGGAUACUUCGUUGGCGGCCGAAAAGUAUCUGACUCAGGAGCUAGAGCAAUACAAUCAACAAGCGCAGGUCGCUUGUCCCGAUAACGAGUUGCGACUACAACAGGAACUGGACGAACUGCGUCGCAAAUAUCGCAAUCUGCAAAUGGAGCACGAGACUCUGCAGCAGGAUCACGAUGCCAAGACCGAAGAGACGGAGUGCCUCAAGAGCAAACUGGAAGCCACAGUACGGGAUCUUGAAUCAAGCACAGCACUCAAAGCCAACAGUGCAGACGAUGAGAUUGUCAAUCGCUUGACUGCCAUGGAACAAGAAAAUGCUGAGCUAAUUCAAAAGUUGGCGGAAUACGAGGAUGUCAAAGUACAAAACACUUUCGCUGUAGCCGAGCAAGAAAAAACCAUAGAAAUACUGAAGGAUCAGCUGAGCUGCAUGGAGGAGAAUUUGCGUGGCAAACGCGAUGAGCUAGAGGAGAAGCUGCAGCUGUUGGAGAGCUCACAGGAGCAGUUGGUUGAAGCGAAUGCCAAGAUAGCCAUGCUGUCCAGUGCGCCCGAACAGAAUGAUCGCAAGGGCAACUCUUUGUUCGCCGAGGUCGAUGAUCAGCGACAGGCGAUGAAGCACCUGCUGGCGAGCCAAAAGAAAAGCUAUUUGGACAUGAAGAAGAUAUUUAAUGACAGCAAAUACGAAAUACAUCGUUUGAAGCGCGAGAACAUUGCAAUGCACACAGAACUUCAGGCGUGCAGCACCAUCUUCUGUAGCGCAGAUAAAACCUAUCAAAAUAAACUGAAUGAACGCAUUCGCCAGCUGAUGGCGCAAAACGUGAAGUUGGAGCGUAAUUUGAAUGUGUCACAGGAGCGAUUGCGUGAUUUAGCCAGCCAAAAGUCCGUCACUUGGCUGGAUUCAAUGCUGGAUUUCUGCAAACGAGAAACUGACGAUCUGAAGACCCAGCUGCAUAGCAUGCACAUCCAGAAGGCCACAAUCGAGGAGCAGCUGCGAAAUGUGCAGCAGGAAAUGGUGCGUUGGCGCUUUGAGUCGCUUAAAUCGCGUUGUGUGCUCAUCGAUCGCGAAAAUCUGCUAACGGAGCACAAGAUUGCCUUCAAACAAGUAAAAGCCAUGGAGUUUGAUAUCAAGGAGGCGGAAUUAAAGGCUGCAUUACCUCGUAUUGUUAGUGCGCUGCCUACAGCUACUUCGAGUCCUUUAAUUGCGACAACAUCUACCGAAGUCAUUUCUUUGAUAACGCCACUCAAAACGUCUUUAUCCACUACAACUGAAGUGAUUAAUUUGGAUACGCCACUGAAAAUUGAACCAAAAGAGGCAACUCCAAUUACGCCUAAAGAAGUGAAACAGGAAUUGUCCUCAAGCGGAGAUCAAGCUACAAUUGUGGAACAGCAGAUGCAGUACAAAAUGGAGCCAGCGGAGCCGACAGCUGUUGAGCAGCUUCCAAUAGUUGCGAAGUCGCGCUUGGGACUCAUCAAAGUUAAAGCUGAUCGCGAGCUGCUGUCCGAGGAACAGAAUCAGGAGCAGACAGCUGAACUGCUUGUGCCCGCUAAACCCAAUCGCAAGGGAACACCCAUCAAAUUUACGCAGAUCAAAGCAGAAUUAUCAGAGGAUGAGGAGCCCUUAAAUUCACCAGCUAGACCAAACCGCAAGGGCACGCCCGUUAAAAUCAAAGAAGACGUUCAAUUUGAAAGCAAACCAUUGCGGAAGACAACUCCAGGGAGCAUGAAAAUUAGCUCAGCGGAAAAGUCGCCUAUACAGGAGGUCACCAACAACAAUGUGCGUUCUAUAAUGUCCAAGAAGCGCGAUUUAUUUUCUGAGGAUAAUCAAAAGAAUGUGCAGUUCAGCAGUAGUGAUCCCAUAGUGCACAAUCUGAGUCCGGAUAUCUGUAGUCCGGUUGAGAGUCGCAAGGAGAACGAACAACCUGCUGGUAAGGACGUUAAAUCCCUGAAGAAAUCUCAAAAUAUUAUUCGUCGCAUUGUUGUCGCGCCCAAAAACUCGGGUUUGUCCCUAAAAUGAUGUUUCAUGUUGAAUACUGU